AUGAGACACUCCCCUAGUCUCGACGCCUCCCCUGCAAUGGGGGAUCCGAAGCUUUUAGAAAGCGUCACCGCAGUUGUUGACACUGACGAGGACUGCACGCCACUCGACUACGAGCCGACUGCGGUCCAGUCGCCGCCACGAAAACGCCAGAAGACCGACGACGACGACGGUGGCAAAGCGCCAUCGGCAUUGAACUUGCACGCGCCUGGAAGCGCUCUGUUGGAGCUACCUCUCGACGUGCUCCUCGAGAUCCUCACUCAUGUCGACCCCAUGUCCCUCCGCCACGUAUCCCGGACGUCGCAGGCCCUGCGGGACACCCUCACGGGUCCUCGGUCAGACUGGAUCUGGCGCGCGAGCUACGCCAACACGGACCAUGGGCUGCCUCCGGCGCCGGACGACAUGACCGUGCCACAAUUCCUGAGUCUUCUCGUUGACCGAGUGUGUGAUUUCUGUCACGCAUCUCUAAUUCCGAAGGACCAGAUCAAGAGAAUAUGGGCCGCGCGUAUCAAGUGUUGCCUGCACUGUCUGUACCACAGUCGGGACAUAGUCCACGAGAAGGAUAUGGACAUAUUUUAUCUAGUCCGCCUGAUACAGCGUCACCUAGGACCCGACUUUCCCUUAUACAAAGUGUUUCCGGCCUCGGAAGAUCUCGGUCGGUCUCGGUCCUAUCCUUGGGUGCACAUCAAUCGUCUUAACCAAGACUAUGUGCGCGAUAAAGUUGGCGGCGGGUCUGUAGAUGACAUCAAAGCAUGGAUACUCCAACAGGCAGAAAGGCAUGAGAGCGUGAUCAAGCAUGCUGAGGCGUGUUACGAAUGGGAGCGGCAGGAGUACUGGAAACGGUGGGAAAAAGAGCAACAUAUUCGGGCUGAAAGGCUCGAGGCGAUCGACCAAAGGCUGAAGGACCUCGACAUUGACGUCGACGAGCCUCAGGAAUUCAAGAAGCAACUCAGUACGCGUCUCACAACACCCCCUACACCGCCAAACUAUAGACAUAAGUACUUCCCGACGCCGGCGUAUAGCACGCCUAUCGAGAUUCACAAACUUGUGCGCGAAGCGCGGCCGCUCACAGAGGAAGAUUGGUCAAUACUAUUGGAAUGGCUUCUCGAUGCCGCCAAGGCGGAAAAAAGGCGCCAGAUCCUCGAGGGCCGAUACUCUGCGUUCAAGAAAGCCUAUUGCCAGUUCCUGGAUCGCAAAUCGUACCGUAGGCAGUGCUUGUUUCCCAGUAUAUGCACCGUGGCAAAUUGGGAGGAAGUCGUCGACUUGAUCGAGGGCACGCCGCUCGAGCAGCACCUGGCUGCAGAUGAUAUGCGCGUGUUCAUCGGCAAGCUCGCGCGGGAGCGCUUCUCCCAGUGGCGCGCGACUUUCGAGGCCGAGCUCGUCGCCAAGCUCAACGCCGCCGACCCAACCCGCGAGCAGCCGGCGACCGUGGCGGACCUCAAGCUCGCGACGUCGGUAUUCUCUCAUCGGGACGCGAGCUCGGGUGAUCCUUUGCGGUACCCAGAGCUGCUGAGUUGGGCACCGUUCUCGGGGGACAGUUUUUAUCGCCCGGAUGGGUCAUACUAUGUCGUGCGCAAGUGCCCGCCCUGGUCGGCGCACGAGGUCCGGGUCGAUGGCUGGCGGCGGCGCUUGGCUGCCCGACUGGUGGCGAUGGCGGGCCUGGAUCCAGCGACGGCGACAUACCAGGAGAUGAGCAUGCAGUCCGUUUGGUUCGGGCGGGCGGACGAGGUAUCCAUGCUCCACUGCGGGGAGCCGGCCUACCUGCACCGCUUCAGCUUGACGAUGUGCUGCGCAAGGGAGAAGGUCGAUGAAUAUGUGGUUUUCACUGAAGCUGGUGUAGAACUGGCGCGGGCUUGGCUACAAAAUCCGUCCGCACUCAUGUGCAGCUGAGGAUGGCUUUGAACCCCAUGGCCGGUGCUGAAGGGUAAACUGCAGCGGCCAUGUUUGUUGUUGUCUCUUGCGCUCGCUCUACUCUGCCUACCAUACCGUUAGUCCUUCGCGUGGCCGUCGCAAAUAAUAUCAUUACUAGAAUCGUUUGCGUUACCCAGGAUAUGUCUUUGUGUAAAACACCUUCGCCCCAUUACGCAUACACACUAGAAGAGUGCCUCUCCACUACAAAACACCCCGCUUGCGCGACUUGCCCCUCUGAUACUUGUGUGGCCUCGGGAGGUCGGCAUACCCCAGCCCCGCCCACGCAUGUGCCGCUCUCGAGCGCGCUAGCGCCGUGUCCUUGUCCGACAGAAGCACGAACCUGGCCUUCUUCACGUCCUCGAGAGACCGGAGUGCGGACCAGUCGUACGUGCCGUCGGAGCCGAGC